AUGGUAAAAAAAGACAUUUACUAAUUGUUUUCUGAAAAAUAACUGAAUGAAGAAGCACUAAACUGGGGAGCUAGGAAGAAAAAACGAAUUCCACGUCCCGCGUUUUUCCUCGUGAUCUCUUUUGAGUGCAUUAACAGUGUGAGGGUGUCGACCCUAGCUUACUCGAUAUUCUACAAUCAAUCACAAGUAUCUGAGGACGACAUAGUAACAGUUUGGUAAUGGCCACAUCUUCAGUUGUUGAUUAUCCGGAGGAGAUACGGCGAGGGUGCCCGAUGAAGAGCUCCGGGCCAGUCUAUCCGACUGACGCUUCUCCCUCCCUGUAGCAUCGAAGCUCCCUCCGCGACUACUACCUUUCAGAACUGCCUCAACACCGUCAGCUGUGGAAGACCGUACCCGAAGUCAAGACCAGCUAAUGUCAGAAUCCUACAUUUGUUUUGUUUUUAAAUAGUAUUUGCGAUUAUCUUUAAUGAAAAGCGGAAUCUAAAUUAAAUGUACUAUUAUUAAACAGAAAUAGAGUUCCAGGUCAUACUUUAUUUAUUUAGUUCCAAAUAAAUGAUUUACAGACAGGCAUACUUUCAACCAACGAUCUGUUGAUAAGCAAUUGCUUGCUAAGGUUAUGUUUCGCUUAUAAUUGUGUAAGGGUUACGUUUAGGCUAGGGUUAGGAUAAGGGAAUGGCUUAGGGUGAGUGGAUAGCGGUAGUUAGUUGACAUGUUGACAGUUAUUGAACAUCUACAAACCAUCUACUUGGGACUAACCAAAUAAAGUGUUCGCGAAUUCCAUUCUAAACCCUGCAUAAUGGCAUUCUGCAGAUAUGAGACAUAAAGAAUCCCAUCUCUAUGCGACUGGGAGGGUCACAAUGCCGACGGUUCAAAUCGAACUCCAGAACCAGAGAGUUAUGUUCAGAACUCUCAAGAAAUCUUCAGUUCUUGAUCGUCAAACAACGAGCGAUACAGCAUCAGCGAGAGAAACAGCAUCAGCGAGAGAAACAGCAUUCUGGCGAGCUUUUCAUUCAUUCUCACUGAAGACGGACAUAGUUCUUUUAAAAGGACAACGACGUUAACUCAGGUAAGAUCAAUUCAAUUAUUUCAGUCUUAAAACUCAAAUAUUAAUUGAUUUAAUUCUUAUGAAAAGGAAAUAUAAUAAAACUUUGGAGAAGAUGGCUGUAUAGGCUUUUGUUGUUAGUUACCAAGAAUGGUAACCAUGCAAAAUGAAUAUUUAAAGCUGUAAAUUAUGUUAAGUAAUGUCCCAAUUAUCUCUCCUCCCUCCCAAAGUGCGCAGUUGUUCACUUCACUGAAUUGAAGGGAAAUGACUGGUAUAAUAAAUAUGGUUGAAAAUCCCACUAGCCCAUGCCUCCACCAAUCCAACGUUUUAAGAUGUCUGGGAAAUAGUGAAUGAGUGCAGACUUUAAGGAAAUGUGAGAUAUUAUUGGAAGGCACACAUUAUUUGCCAUGAGUGAAAAGGAGAAUAUCCCUUCCUUAAAAUGCAAAAAAUCUAUUAUGUUUACCCUGUGUUACCAUAUUGUUUCUUUCAGGGUGGAUCUCAAUGGUGACCCAAAUCAACUCCCUUGACGGUCCAGAGUUAGAGAGUCAGAACAUCCGUCUGAGCUUUGCAGAGGUACUUGGUGACAAGUACCACUACGCAAAUGCCAUCGACAGCUCUCUGCUCUGGACUGUUGGGUACACCCCCUACAUUCCCCCAGCUCUGAAAGGAAGAAGCUUCUCCUCUGGAGAGAGCUUCUUCCUGGAUGAGUGGGAGCCACUGACACUCCUGCGGCCUCCUCAGGUUAUGUCCACCAGUGUUUCUAUCGAGGAAGACAACCUGAUCCAGUCUGAUACAGGCCUUGUGUCUCAGGUUCUGUCCACCAGUGUUGCCGUCAUGGAGAAUGACUUGAUCCAGUCUGCUGCAGGCCUAGUGUCUCAAGUUCUGUCCACCAGUGUUUCCAUCAAGGAAGACAACCUGAUCCAGUCUGAUACAGGCCUUGUGUCUCAGGUUCUGUUCACCAGUGUUGCCGUCAUGGAGAAAGACUUGAUCCAGUCUGCUGCAGGCCUAGUGUCUCAAGUUCUGUCCACCAGUGUUUCCAUCAAGGAAGACAACCUGAUCCAGACUGAUACAGGCCUUGUGUCUCAGGUUCUGUCCACCAGUGUUGCCAUCGUGGAGAAUGACCUGAUCCAGUCUGAUACAGGCCUUGUGUCUCAGGUUCUGUCCACCAGUGUUGCCGUCGUGGAGAAUGACCUGAUCCAGUCUGAUACAGGCCUUGUGUAUCAGGUUCUGUUCACCAGUGUUGCCGUCGUGGAGAAUGACUUGAUCCAGUCUGCUGCAGGCCUAGUGUCUCAGGUUCUGUCCACCAGUGUUGCCAUCAUGGAGAAUGACCUGAUCCAGUCUGCUGCUGGCCUAGUGUCUCAAGUUCUGUCCACCAGUGUUUCCAUCAAGGAAGACAACCUGAUCCAGUCUGAUACAGGCCUUGUGUCUCAGGUUCUGUUCACCAGUGUUGCCGUCAUGGAGAAAGAAUUGAUCCAGUCUGCUGCAGGCCUAGUGUCUCAAGUUCUGUCCACCAGUGUUUCCAUCAAGGAAGACAACCUGAUCCAGUCUGAUACAGGCCUUGUGUCUCAGGUUCUGUCCACCAGUGUUGCCAUCGUGGAGAAUGACCUGAUCCAGUCUGAUACAGGCCUUGUGUCUCAGGUUCUGUCCACCAGUGUUGCCGUCGUGGAGAAUGACCUGAUCCAGUCUGAUACAGGCCUUGUGUAUCAGGUUCUGUUCACCAGUGUUGCCGUCGUGGAGAAUGACUUGAUCCAGUCUGCUGCAGGCCUAGUGUCUCAGGUUCUGUCCACCAGUGUUGCCAUCAUGGAGAAUGACCUGAUCCAGUCUGAUACAGGCCCAGCGUCUCAGGUUCUGUCCACCAGUAUUGCCAUCGUGGAGAAUGACCUGAUCCAGUCUGCUGCAGGCCUAGUGUCUCAGGUUCUGUCCACCAGUGUUGCCAUCGUGGAGAAUGACCUGAUCCAGUCUGCUGCAGGCCUAGUGUCUCAGGUUCUGUUCACCAGUGUUGCCGUCGUGGAGAAUGACCUGAUCCAGUCUGCUGCAGGCCCAGAGUCUCAGGUUCUGUCCACCAGUGUUGCCAUCGUGGAGAAUGACCUGAUCCAGUCUGAUACAGGCCUUGUGUCUCAGGUUCUGUCCACCAGUGUUGCCGUCGUGGAGAAUGACCUGAUCCAGUCUGCUGCAGGCCUAGUGUCUCAGGUUCUGUCCACCAGUGUUGCCAUCGUGGAGAAUGACCUGAUCCAGUCUGCUGCUGGCCUAGUGUCUCUGGUUCUGUCCACCAGUGUUGCCCUCGUGGAGAAUGACCUGAUCCAGUCUGCUGCAGGCCUAGUUUCUCAGGUUCUGUUCACCAGUGUUGCCAUCGUGGAGAGUGACCUGAUCCAGUCUGCUGCAGGCAUAGUGUCUCAGGUUCUGUCCAACAGUGUUGACAUCGUGGAGAAUGACCCGAUCCAGUCUGCUGCAGGCAUAGUGUCUCAGGUUCUGUCCACCAGUGUUGACAUCAUGGAGAAUGACCUGAUCCAGUCUGCUGCAGGGCUAGUGUCUCAGGUUCUGUCCAACAGUGUUGACAUCAUGGAGAAUGACCUGGUCCAGUCUGCUGCAGGCCUAGUGUCUCAGGUUCUGUCCACCAUUGUUGCCAUCAUGGAGAAUGGCCUGAUCCAGUCUGCUGCAGGCCUAGUGUCUCAGGUUCUGUCCACCAUUGUUGCCAUCAUGGAGAAUGGCCUGAUCCAGUCUGCUGUAGGCCUAGUGUCUCAGGUUCUGUCCACCAGUGUUGCCAUCAUGGAGAAUGACCUGAUCCAGUCUGCUGCAUGCCUAGUGUCUCAGGUUCUGUCCACCAGUGUUGCCAUCGUGGAGAAUGACCUGAUCCAGUCUGCUGCAGGCAUAGUGUCUCAGGUUCUGUCCACCAGUGUUGCCAUCGUGGAGAAUGACCCGAUCCAGUCUGCUGCAGUUCUAGUGUCUCAGGUUCUGUCCACCAGUGUUGCCAUCGUGGAGAAUGACCUGAUCCAGUCUGAUACAGGCCUAGUGUCUCAGGUUCUGUCCACCAGUGUUGCCAUCGCGGAGAAUGACCUGAUCCAGUCUGCUGCAGGCCUAGUGUCUCAGGUUCUGUCCACCAGUGUUGCCAUUGUGGAGAAUGACCUGAUCCAGUCUGAUACAGGCCUAGUGUCUCAGGUUCUGUCCACCAGUGUUGCCAUCGUGGAGAAUGACCUUAUCCAGUCUGCUGCUGGCCUAGUGUCUCAGGUUCUGUCCACCAGUGUUGCCAUCGUGGAGAAUGACCUGAUCCAGUCUGCUGCUGGCCUAGUGUCUCAGGUUCUGUCCACCAGUGUUGCCAUCGUGGAGAAUGACCUGAUCCAGUCUGCUGCAGGGCUAGUGUCUCAGAGGCUGUUCAGCAGUGACGCUAGAGUGAAGGAUCGUGAUGAUUCCACACUGAGAGACUACAACCAACCUGAGGUCCAUGUGGCUGAUGUCUCAACCAAGAGAAGUAGUCUAGUCAUCACUAUUUCUAUGGUUUCAACCAAGAGUUGCUUUGUUGUUUUACAUGAAGUUGAUGUUAGUGCUACAAGCCUGGAGCAAUCUGCUGAGAAAAGGUCUACCUCUACUACUGAUGUCAACGACAUCUCAACUGCUGCUGCCAAGAAGAAGAACAGGCUAAAGUGGCUUCCAAGAAAGAGGACGAAAUCAACACGGAUCUGAGAAGCCUCACCUGCCACCACAACACGACACAGGGAGAUCACUGAUGCAGGCACCCACAAUGGUGUUCCUAUGUUUUAUUUACAUUUACAUUUAAGUCAUUUAGCAGACGCUCUUAUCCAGAGCGACUUACAAAUUGGUGCAUUCACCUUAUGAUAUCCAGUGGAACAACCACUUUACAAUAGUGCAUCUAAAUCUUUUAAGGGGGGGGGGGGGGGUUAGAAGGAUUACUUUAUCCUAUCCUAGGUAUUCCUUAAGAGGUGGGGUUUCAGGUGUCUCUGGAAGGUGGUGAUUGACUCGCUGACCUGGCGUUGUGAGGGAGUUUGUUCCACCAUUGGGGUGCCAGAGCAGUGAACAGUUUUGACUGGGCUGAGCGGGAACUGUACUUCCUCAGAGGUAGGGAGGCGAGCAGGCCAGAGGUGGAUGAACGCAGUGCCCUUGUUUGGGUGUAGGGCCACAGUUUUGUCCCACUUUGUCUUCAUCCCCAAUCCCUUUCCCCCACCCCACCCGUUUUAUCUUCAGUAAACCUUUUGUCAUUGCAUUUGAUUGUGCUUUGUCUUUCAUUGGGAUCACUGUCAUUGAAAAGGGAAGGGGUUUCCUAGUUCAACUACUUGUCAAUAAAUCACUGGCUAACUUUCAAACUCCAAAUUGAGACAACCGAGGCAAAGACGUCAGCAGGAGGGCAACUGUGACCUUCAGAAAUGUGCAAUUGUGUGAAAAGAUUGUAACCAUGUAACAACACUAAUGCGAUCAGUUAUAUCCACAUUUCACGGAGAAUAACAGGCAUUCUUGCUCAGGGCCUCAAGAUGGAGUAGUAAGCACAAUUAUAAUGGUUCCCC